CCAUGUUGUGGAAAUUAGCCGACAAUGUCAAGUACGAAGAGGAUUGCGAGGAUAGGCACAAUGGGAACAGCAAUGGGAACCCUCACCUCCCAGCGGUCAGCCAGCAUCUUUACAGCCCUGCAGCCCCACCGCUUUCACAUUCAGGAGCGUCAGACUUCCAUCCUCCGCCUUACUUUCCCCCGCCCUACCAGCCCUUGCCCUAUUCACAGUCUGCUGACCCGUACUCCCACCUGGGUGACCCCUUCUCCAUCAACCCUCUGCAUCAACCUACACCAGCUGCCAGUCAGCAACAGGCUUGGCCUAGCCGCCAGAACCAGGAGCCAGCUGGAUUGAGCCAUCACACGAGGCCAGGCCUUGUCCCUCACCUCUCUGGGCUGGAUGCCGGAGGACCUGGGGCAAGGAGGGAGACCUACAGACGUUCAGAGCUGCUCCUACAGCCUCACGGCCACGGGCUAGAUGCGGCACUGGUGGAAAAUCUGGGCUUACACGACAUGGCCCAUCAAAUGGAAGAUGUUCAGAAUGUGGAAGACCAACAUUUGCUGUUGCAUGAUCAGACAGUCAUCAGGAAAGGUCCUAUUUCAAUGACCAAAAGCAACUCCUUGGGUCUCCCCUGCCAGAAAGAUGGGAUGCUAGGAUCAGUGGUUAAUCAUAAUGAAGUAUUUUGUUCAGUUCCUGGAAGACUUUCUCUUCUCAGCUCCACCUCGAAAUAUAAAGUGACUGUAGCUGAGGUCCAGCGAAGACUUUCCUCUCCCGAAUGCUUAAAUGCCUCCCUGUUAGGUGGUGUCUUGAGAAGAGCCAAAUCCAAGAAUGGAGGCCGAUCUUUGCGGGAAAAGUUGGAUAAAAUCGGUUUAAAUCUUCCAGCUGGAAGAAGAAAAGCUGCUAAUGUGACAUUAUUGACUUCUUUGGUAGAAGGUGAAGCUGUGCAUCUGGCCCGAGAUUUUGGUUAUGUCUGUGAAACUGAAUUUCCUUCUAAAGCAGUGGCUGACUAUUUAACCAGACCACAUUUAGGACGGAAUGAAAUCGGAACCAGAAAGAACAUGCUGCUUGCUGCUAAACAAAUCUGUAAGGAAUUCACAGAUCUUCUCACUCAGGACCGGACUCCUGUUGGAAAUUCUAGGCCCAACCCAGUUCUGGAUCCUGCCAUCCAAGGCUGCCUGACUCAUUUCAGUCUAAUAACGCAUGGCUUUGGGAGUGCGGCCAUAUGUGCAGCCAUGACAUCUGUGCAGAACUACCUAAAUGAGGCAUUAAAAAUAGCAGACAAAACUUACAUGAACACAGGCGACCAAAGCCCCCCUGAGUCUAACAAAACUAUUGAGAAAAUGGAUAAGCACCGGAAAUAG